AUGUUUCGCAAAUUUCCUCAGUUGAUGCAGCGACGAGGAUUCUCCUCAACAACAUCAGCAGGCUUUGACAAGGUCGGAGUGAUCGGCCUUGGUUUGAUGGGUCACGGAAUCUGUCAAGUGGCGGCAGCUUCAGGAGCCCAUCAAAGCGUUAUUGCCUACGAACAGGAACAAAGGUUCCUCGAUUCUGGAAAGGAUCGAAUUUUCAAGUCUAUAGACAAACUCGUUCAAAAAGAGAAAAUUACUGCGACGAAAGCAGAAGAGAGUAUGAAUUCCAUCACAUUCACCACAGAUGUUGAUGCCUUGCAAGAUACUGAUUUCAUAGUGGAAGCUGUGAUCGAGAAUAUGGACCUCAAGCGGGAUUUGUACACAAGUCUCGGAAAUAUUUGUAAGCCAGAAACUAUCUUUGCUUCUAACACAUCGUCGUUGUCGAUCACGGAAAUGUCAGAAUUCUCUGGAAGAGAAGAGAAUUUUGUCGGCGUUCAUUUCUUCAACCCAGUACAGUUGAUGAAACUGGUCGAGGUUAUUCGGACGGAGAAGACAGACCCAGAAGUCUUCCAAAAAGCAUAUGAUUGGGUCGGUCAGAUUGGCAAAGUGGCAGUUAGUUGUGGUGAUACUCCAGGUUUCAUUGUCAAUCGUCUCUUGGUUCCGAGCCUGAUGCAGGCCUUACUAAUGGUCGACCGACAAGAUGCUACAGUGAAGGAUAUUGAUAUCAGUAUGCAACUUGGUGCAGGCCAUCCAAUGGGACCUAUUCAUUUGGCAGACUACAUUGGCCUUGAUACGUGUCUGUUUAUUGUCCAGGGUUGGAUUGAGAAGUAUCCCGACGAGCCCUCUUUUGCGCUACCCGGGUGUCUUGUAGAGAAAGUAAAUGCCGGUGAACUAGGACGUAAAAGUGGCAAAGGUUUCUAUCAUUGGGAUGGAGACAAGAGAGGAGAUCCUGUUUGA